AUGCCGACCUGGAAUCCCGAGGUCGAUCCGGACAAUCGGGUCAUAUUCCCGCCGCAGGGACUUCCUCUCGCCGUAAUCGUCAAUGUCGCCAUCUUCGUGGUCAUCUCGACAGCUGCAAUAGCAGUCCGGGUGUUUGUCCGCGCGAAGGACAAGGUUUUUGGCUGGGAUGAUGGGAUCAUGGUUCUUGGUGGUGUCGGCUUCAUUGGCGCUUCGAUACUAGCCAUCUGGGCUGAACUUGUGGGCAUCGGCACGUUCGACAUCUAUCUCAACCAGUGGCAAUGGGAGCAAGCCAAGAAGGUCGAUGUAGCGUGGCUGCUCGUGUACUGUGUCCCGAUGACACUCGUGAAAGCCUCGAUCUGCCUAACGCUUCGCCGAGUGGUCGGGACCAAGCGGAACCUGCGAGUUACCAUCACAGUGCUCCUGGGCGUUCUCUCAGUCUCCUUUUUCGCGGCUGUAUUCGGUACAGUCUUUCAGUGCCGACCGUUUGAAGCCCACUGGAAUCUGGAACUCGUGGAAACUGGAGAAGGCAAAUGCGCUGCGGAGGCUGUAUUCGUCGUUCUGGGCUUCAUUGCAAGCUUUGCCACGAUUGGAGUCGACGCCGCACUCGUCGUGAUUCCAGCCAUGGUUUUGUGGAAGACGAACAUGCACCGCAGUGCGAAGCUGCAGGUCUUUGGCAUGCUAUCAGUGGGCUCAACGGCCUCUAUCAUAACCAUCAUUCGAAUUCCCUAUGUGAAACGGUACAACCAGCCGAACGACUCACACUACUACAUGGCCAUUGUAGUACUGUGUAGCCACAUAGAGAUCGGGGUCGGCGUACUCGCAUCAUCGUUUCCAUCGAUACGGCGGUUGUAUCUGACAUUGCGGAACGAAGGGUCCUACGCAUCUGGUGCCAACGAGGCGUCGGCCAAGAGCGGCCCAGAUGAUGGACUGGUGACAUUUGGCGGAAGCAAUAAGCCCAAAAGCAGGAGUCGAAAAGGAGCUGGUGUCUCGCACGAGCGCUUCCGGAACCCAACAGACCUGGGCAUAAGCUUGACGACAGUACAGGGGCGGCAGAACAGUAACUGGACUCGCUUGCAGGACGGAGAUUCCGACAAGGAGACUAUUCUGCCAAAGGAUCAGGGCAUCAGGGCCGAAUAUACGUUUUCCGUUGAGGUAGACGCAACAACCGAUACGGACGCCAGUAGUUCGCGGCCACGGGCGGCAACUUAG